AUGCCUCUCCCAAACAUUGACCCUCCGCUGCUCAACUCAGCUUGCCCGUGGGCAACGACCAAGGAAGAUCUUCAAGCUCUCUUUGACUGCGAGUCGACCGGCGCAGUCACGAUCAGAACCAGCCUGCUUGAUGGCUUCGAUCACAACCCAUCGAUCCACCAGUACGCAUUCUUCGAUGCCAGCGAUCAUACUCCGCAACCCGCCAACUCCGCACAUGCUACUCCCACAUCCAACAGCGGAAGCCUCAACACUCUGGGCUAUAGUCCAAUACUCUUUUCAGAAUACCUUUCAAUCCUGAUCAAGGUGGUUCAAGAAUCCAGUCUGCCGCAACAAGUACAAGACAGUAAGCCGUUCAUCGUCUCUGUCACCGGCAGCGCUCGAGCGGUAGCCGAGUGCUAUCGCAAGAUUCAGGGGACUCAAGCACACCUCUCGAUUCCAUUGUGUAUGGAGAUCAAUCUAUCUUGCCCCAACAUCCCGGACAAACCGCCACCAGCGUACUCAUCUUCCGCUCUUGCUGAAUAUCUCCACGCACUGGCUGGCAUCGACACAACAGCUGGACAGCGGAGGGUAGCUAUCGGGAUCAAAACCCCGCCCUAUACGUACCACGAUCAGUAUCAAUCCCUCAUUGAUGCUCUCUUGGCUGGAAGCAGCUCAAAAGGCCCAGUCGACUUCAUCACCGCUACGAAUACGCUGGGAUCCUGCCUCAUACUCCAGGAUUCCGAUGGGAAGCCAGCAUUGGAUUCAGCAUCUGGGGAGGGCAUUGGCGGAAUGGCAGGCGCACCUCUCCACCCGCUGUCCUUGGGCAAUGUGAGGACGAUACGAUCAAUGUUAGAUCAACACGAGAAACUGAGAGACAUCGAUAUCAUUGGUGUUGGCGGAGUAUGUGACAAAACGAGCUUUGAUAGAAUGCGAUCAGUAGGUGCGUCCGUCAUGGGCGUUGGAACUGCUCUUGGCAGGGAGGGUGUUCAGGUAUUCGGGAAGAUCACGCGAGGACUUUGA